GCUAUAAUUGUAACUUUAAAAAUUGACAUAAAACUACCAAAUUAACUAAUCUAAUGAAACAGAAGAAACUAAGACCAUCAAAUUAUCCUUUUUUCCCUUCAAAAUUUUCCUUUUUGCCUUCGGUCUUGCCUCUGCUGGGCCCCCCUUGACCACCUUCCUGCGUUCUUUCGUGGGUUGCGUUGAUCCUUUCUUGGGGGGGUCCAGCCUUUUGGGUUGUUGGUUUGGAUUCCGGGUAAAAGAUUAAAGUUUGGUUUUUGGUUUCUCGAAAGUUUACUGCUUUUUGGGUAUUUUGGGUUUGUGAAGCUUCGUUUCAUUGUAUUCUUUCUGCUUUUGUUCUUGCUACCUGGUAAAUGUGGGGGAGCGGCGGAGAAUCUGCGGAUUCCUAUUAUCGGGUCCGGCCAGAGUGCAGCGAUGUCCCCAAGACCAAAUUCAAAAUCAAGCCUGGUAAAACGCUGAGCACAAGAAGAUGGCAGGCUGCAUUUUCUCCAGAAGGGCAUCUGGAUAUAGGCAAAACUUUACCUCGAAUUCAACGUGGAGGUAUCCAUCCCUCAAUUAGAGGAGAAGUUUGGGAAUUUCUACUCAGUUGUUAUGAACCCAAGAGUACAUUUGAAGAGAGGGAAAAGAUAAGGCAACGUCGAAGGUUGCAAUAUGCUAGGUGGAAGGAUGAAUGUCGUGAAAUUUUUCCUAUUGUAGGAAGUGGUAAAUUUAUUACAGCACCUGUUAUCACUGAAAAUGGCCAGCCCAUUCAAGACCCUGUGGUACUUCUAGAGACAAAUUCAGGCACAAAUGCUGCAAACAUACCUAAUAGUUCAGAAGUGGUGAAGAAGCUUACUAGCCGUGGUCUGUUGGACAAAAAAGUGAUCCAGUGGCUGCUUCAACUACAUCAAAUAGGUCUUGAUGUGGUUCGCACUGAUAGGACGUUGGUAUUCUAUGAGAAGCAAGAGAACUUGUCAAAACUUUGGGAUAUUCUUUCUGUUUAUGCCUGGAUAGAUAAAGAUGUUGGCUACUGUCAAGAAGCUGAUUCAGCUAAUAACAAAGCUGAAGGAUCUAAAGGAAGAGCAAAAUCAAUACGUCAGUAUGGGAAGUUUGAGAGAGAAAAUAUGAGAAAUGGGAAAAAUGAUGCCCCACUUCCCAUCUCUGUUUUUCUUGUUGCCAGUGUCUUGAAAGAUAAGAGCUCAAAGCUACAACACGAAGCUCGGGGCCUGGAUGAUGUUGUUAAGAUAUUGAAUGACAUGACUGGAAAUUUGGAUGCCAAAAAAGCUUGCAGUGGCGCAAUGAAACUUCACAAGAAGUAUUUGAAAAAGGCCAAGAAGCCAUAGUGGUAGAUAAAUUGCAUCAACUUUUUUGUUCUGAGGACGGUUUUGCAAUAAGGUGAUUUGAUCCAGUGGAAGAUGAUGAUAUACUUGUUCAAAAUUCUUGGUUCAGAGAUCACAGAGAUGUGCAAUUGCCUGGACCAUCUAAUGUUCCCAACUUCCGAGUGAAGGAUUGUUGUAUGUAUAAUGUGACUAAAAUCCGUUCCUAAAUACUUGUUUUCAACACAGCCCCAAUAAACUCUUAUACAGAACCCGUAAUGUAUUAAACCAUACGUGUUUUUCAAAUCACUCAAUGAAACACCUGGAAUAACAUUGGUUUUCUCAAUGGAACACAGAAAUAACAUGGUUUUCAAAUUGUACAAAUUAUAUGUAUCAACUUUCUGAUCUUCAUUAUUUCAAUAUCGAAAAUAUUACAGUUACAAUGUUAUGUGUUAUUGUAAGUUUAUAAUAUAAUAUGUUAUAUAAU